UCGGUAAUAUUGGAGUAGCCUGAGACAAUUUAGGGCCUAGGGGAGUUGUUCGGCGGCAGCAUGGACCAUCACUCUCGACAAAAAUCACACUGAGUGCAGGGGGAAAAUCGGAAAGAGGAAGAAGAAGGUGAAGUGGAGGCUGUGAUAAUUGGGGGAAUGGUGUUAGAUAUACAAGCCACUUCUUCUAUUCCUCCAAACCCUAGAACUACCUCUCCUGGAAAGGUGUGUUAUGCAGUGGGAGGAGUAGCAAGGAACAUUGCCGAGUGUGUAUCGAAACUUGGAACGAAGCCUUGCAUGAUAAGUACAUUAGGAUUGGACAUGGCAGGUAAUUUGCUGUUGGAGUACUGGAAGUCUGCAGGAUUAUCAACGGAAGGUAUUCGAAUGGGCCAAGAGAUAGACACUCCAGUUGUAUGCAUUGUCUUUGAUACUUAUGGAGAACCGGCCGCUGCUGUUGCAAGUGUUGAGUCUGUUGAACGGUUUCUUACUCCCAAAUGGAUUGCACAAUUUAAAUCGAAUAUAGCAUCUACUCCUAUUGUGAUGGUUGAUGCGAAUUUAAGUCCAGCAGCUCUUCAAGCAUCUUGUGAAUUGGCGGCAGAGUUUGGUACCCCAGUGUGGUUUGAGCCUGUAUCUGUAGCAAAGUCAAGAAGAAUUGUUUCAGUUGCCAAGUAUAUAACCUUUGCUUCACCGAACGAAGAUGAACUGAUUGCCAUGGCAAACGCUCUCUCUUGCAAAGAUGCAUUUUCUCCCAUCCAAAAGGACAACAGCACAACAUCAUCUUUAUUUCUACAGCUAAGACCGGCAAUCUGGAUUUUGCUUGAGAAAGGCAUUAAAGUGGUUGUUCUGACCCUUGGAUCGAAAGGGGUAUUAUUAUGUUCUAAAGGGCGCCUCAACUUUCAUCAUACCGGGCCAAAGAGGAACAAUAGGUCACAUGAAUUUAGCAAAAAGUUGCACGAAACCAUAAAUCUACACUGCCCAUCGGACCGGUUUUUUAGCGCAUUAAGGCUUGAAGGAAGCUCUAGUAGUAGCAGCCCAUACGUGGUGCAUUUUCCUGCCGUAUCAUCUGCAUCGGUUGUGAGGGUAACCGGAGCUGGCGAUUGUCUGGUUGGCGGUGCAGUUGCUUCCAUUUGUGCAGGUUUAGAUGUAAUGCAAAGUAUUGCUGUUGGAAUAGCCGCUGCUAAAGCUGCAGUUGAAGCAGAGACCAACGUACCCACCGAGUACAGUUUGGAGCAAAUCGCAGAGGAUGCAAGGUCAGUGUAUUUGGGUGCCGAUGUUGUUUUUUGUCGGUCAUCGUUAUAAAACCAUGAUUUAUUGUGAGUGAGUUAACCCCUGAAGCUGUUUUCGGACGGACAUUAUUGCUUGUCAACGUGCUUAUAACUAAUUGCUAAGGGGGGGAACUGAACUCCAUGUAUGAUUUCUUUCGAAUGCAAAUACUAUUUGAAUACUUUGACAAUAUUCAUUUACCAAUUUUCUAGUACUAUCUAUGUUCUAAUUAAAUGUUUCGAGUAUUAUAUGUAUUAAAUUGGAUUUUUGA